GCGGAUGUUGCGGUGUAUUAAAGCGACGCUCGGCCGUUGCUACCGUCGGUAGUGAAGCUAAAGUCUUUCCCAAAAUUACCAAGGGAGGGAGACCUCAGAAAGAUCUGCUUGCUGAAGCUCUCUCAAAUAGUCGGACGGCAGUUGUACGUCUAACAUAAUGAGCCACUUGCGAUCCCUUCAACAACGUGCAAUACCGUGCCUUAUCUCAGCAGCUAAAGGAAUUUCUUUGCACCCUGGUCUUUAAGAAAAUGAAAUAAUCUGGAUGACGGCGGUUUAACUGUAAAACAUGUAGGAACGGCACAUUUAAACAGACUAAGGUAUAUGGCCGUAGCCGUAAGGCAAGGAACAGAGGAGGAUUCCGAACUUGACUGAAACGCAGGGGAAUGAAACCUCCUCUACUUCAUCUUGUUAGCUGGAGAACAAGACUAAGGACUGAAAGGGAAGAUUGCUCUAUUGGAAGAGAAUGAGAAAUUACUGUGCUCUUGUGUUUCAGAAAGGCGUAGCUCACUGGAUACAUCAGUAGGACCCGAGGGCUUCUCGAGACACGAACUGCUGACUCAGGCUCUUGUAGUUCCUUCCUGAUGGUAGUAAUGAGGAGAAGACGUGUCCUGGAUGGUGAAGAUCUUUCAUAAUGGAUGUCACCUUCUUGAGCAGGUGCCUCAAAACUAACUAGCUGUGAAGAUUAUCCCUGUUGGACAAUCAUGUCUUUAGAUGACAUCCACAUUGAUUCAAAAGAGCUGAUUGAGAAACAGCCUAUGGGUGGUGGAGGAUUUGGAAUGGUUUCAUUAUGCCACAGGAAAAAUCAUGGACUGGUUGUUCUGAAAACAGUAUAUACAGGACCACAGCGUAUGGAAUACAAUGGAUCUCUCCUUGAAGAAGGUAAAAUGAUGCAUAAAUUGAAUCAUGAUCGGGUAAUAAAGUUGAUUGGAGUUAUUUUAGAAGAUGGAAAUUAUUCACUUGUCAUGGAAUUCAUGGAGAAUGGGAAUCUGCUGCAGCUUUUAAUGAGUGUUGCUAUUCCAUUGUCUGUAAAAGGAAGAAUAAUCCUUGAAAUUUUAGAAGGGAUGGCUUAUUUACAUGAAAUGAAUAUUGUGCAUAAAGACCUAAAGCCAGAAAAUAUCUUGGUUGAUGCAGAUUAUCAUAUAAAGAUCGCAGAUCUGGGUGUAUCAAUUUUCAGAACUUGGAGUCGAUUGACUACCGAAGAAUUGAAGAGAAGACGCCAAAUGGGUUCGAAGCUCCAGAAUAAUGCAGGCACACUGGCAUACCUGGCACCUGAGCAUUUGCAGUCACUGAAUACCAAAGCCACAGAAAAAUCCGACGUGUAUAGCUUUUCCAUUGUAGUGUGGGUGAUUCUGACUAAUAAAGAACCGUAUGAAAAUGCAUUAAAUGAUGCCCAGGUUAUGCACCUAGUUCUCAAAGGAGAUCGCCCUGAUCAAAAUCUCAUUCCUGAAGGAUCUCCUAAAGAGAUGAUUUCAUUGAUGGAGAAUUGCUGGGCAAAUAAACCGGAGGAAAGGCCAACUUUUACAGAAUGCAAUCAGGAAUUUAAACCAUUUUAUGAAGAAAAUCUGCAGAAAGAUAUUGAUGAAGAUGUGGAAAAGUUGAGAGAACUGUCCCAGACGAGGCCAACUGCCCCUAGAGAACUGGUCAAAAGGAUGAAAUCUUUGCAAGCCGAUUGUGUCGGUCUUAUGCCAGACACACCUCCAAAAGAUGAUCCGAAUUCUUUGCAUAGCUCACAGGGAAUUACUGCUACUGGUAACAGCCUAGAGGCUUCAUUUUCAUCCUGUAAGCUAAGUGAACCAGUGGAAUAUGACCUUGACAGCAGUGCCUGGGACAAUGAGAGAGAUGAUGACACACAAGUGAGGAGAAAACUAGCUGAGGAAAUGAGUUAUCACCUGACUGGUAGCCGCCUGGAUGCUUCAAUGUCCUCAAAUAAAUUUGAAGAGAUAAGGAAGGAAAGAAACAAAAGAGUUUCUAAUGAACCUGUUUUUGGAAGUUCCUACCCUUCUGUAAUUCUGCCUCGUGCCACAGGCAUGGCUGAGCUUGGACCAUCUGAGGAUCUGUAUUGCUCUCAGGAUUCAAACGCUUAUCAGGUUCAACAGAAUGUGAAAAACUCCCUUGCAACUGUAAUCAAUCCAGUCAAGGAGGAAACAAACUUCCAUGGCUCAAGCAAAAUAAGUUCCCCAGGAUUCUCUGACUAUAGAGCAUCAACCCAGAGAACAUCCGGUCCUGUUCCUGUUACUGAAACUGGUUCACCAGCUGAGCAAAAAAUGUGGAAUCAGUAUCUGCAGGAAGUCUCAAGAACUCAAAGUGAAUCCAGAACAUAUAGUGAGAAUAUUCUGUGGAAUCCAAACAGCCAAUUUGAACACAGGGAUGAGAGCAACCUUAAAUAUUUAAGCCAGGAGGGCUCAUCAAGUAUUUACCUAUCUAAGGCCGAAGGAGUUCAGAUCGGUGAUAAUAACACUAUGUAUAUUGAAACCCCGAAGUUUAACAGGAAAAAACAGCAAAAAUUCAAAUUUUCCAUGGAGACAGCAAAUGCUCGGCAUCCGGACACUCUCACCAAUAAACCGGUUGAAGAAGCUCACCUGGACCUCUUGCGAGGAGAACUUGGGAAAGAUUGGAAACACUGUGCUCGUAAGCUUGGGUUCAGAGAAUCAGAAAUUGACGAAAUUGACCAUGACUAUGAAAGAGAUGGACUGAAAGAAAAAGUUUAUAAAAUGCUACACAAGUGGCAAAUGAAAGAAGGAUCAAAGGGCGCCACUGUCCAGAAACUAGUUCAAGCCCUUCAUGGCUGCGACAGGUCAGACCUCACUAUCAGACUUCAAAACUGUUCCUGAGUUUUAUCCUAUUU